CCUGGUGGAUUUUCCAGCUGCUUCAGAUCUUCAGGAUUUGGCCUAAUUUUUCUACAGAGGAAUAACAAAAAUAGGAAGAGGAAGAGGCUGGGAUUAAAGCCAAAGACCAGUCUAACCAUCAGAUAGACUGAAGGAUCUGCUUCAGGCUCUGAGCAGAAAAUGGAACCCUUGAGUGUCCCAGCUACUCCAGGUGGAGAGACAUUCACAGCAGAUGCACAGUGCAUUAUAGGCAACUAUGCUUGUGAACUAGGCCUGUCACCAGCUUUUGGAUGCAACCCAACAAACCUCACUGACUCCGUGGAGCUCCUUGGAGAGCUAGGUGACCUAGGCGAUGUUAUUUGCUGGAGUGACAACGUGGAUCACUGCAUCUCCUAUCUCAGCAAGGAACUGGAAACACUGGGGUUUCCUGCUCUAUAUAAGGAUGAUGGUUCCGGAGAUAGCGUUGAACAUGGCUUUGACCUAAUGGCAUUGGUGAAUGGUACUACCCAGCUGCUAAGUCUCUACCAAGGAGUGACUGCCAAGAUGGCUGACAUGGAAGCAGAGGAGAUGCGGCGGGCUGGAGAGCUGGAUUAUUUGAGGACACGGCAUGGUAAACUCAAGGACCAGGUGGAAGGUUGUGAAAAGGAAAUUGCUGCCAUAAAAAACAAAGAGCAGCAACUUCAGAGCAAGAACAAGCAGCUUAACAGCCUGUUGAAGGAAGAAAAGGAUGAGAUUACCAAGCUCUUGAGUGCUCUGGCGAACCAGAAGCAACAACACCUCCAUGAAAUGAAGAAGAAGGAGCAAGAGCUGCUACGGCUGAAAGAAAAGAUGAGCCAGUUGGUGACAGAUAAGAAGGACAAGAGAGGAACAAUUGACAUCCUCAAUACCCUCCCACGGGUUGAUGGGAAGAGGGCAACCUGGAAAACUGGAAAAUCUCUUGGGAGAAAGGAAGAAGAGCUUUACCGAACUCAGUUGGUCAAGCAGGAGCGACGGGAGCAGGCCUUGGCGCUAGAGAAUGCCAAACUGAAGCAGCUACUGAGGGAAGUGGGCCAAGAUAUGGAGCAGGUGCUGGGCAAGGGUGUGGAUGUUACCCAGGGCAUGGAGCAAAGCUGUCCAUACCAGACCUUCCAGGAACAGUGGUGCAGCCUCAGGAAUAGCCUGAAGAGCCUUGGUUGUCAAGCUGUGACUGCUGCUGGUUCCCAGUUAUCUGAAGAAGAGGGGCAAGACCCUGUCAUCAGUGUGACAGAUCAUGACAAGGAAAUAAUGAAGCUAAAGGGGGAGAUUGAGGAGAGCAGGGUGCAGAUUGCACAGCUGCAGCAAUGUUUCCAGGAGCAACUGGCUGCUGCCACCACCUUGGAGAUGCCAGAGCACCUGAAGGGUUCUUACUUCCUAGAAGAAGAGCAGCAACUGCUGGAGGAACGAGCCAUGUUUGAGGAGCAGAAGAGGGCAUUUGAAAAAGAGCGGGGAAAUUUCACUGAGGCGGCCAUCCGGUUGGGAUGGGAGAGGAAGCAAUUUGAGGAGCAGAAGGCCCAGUUCAUGAAGGAAGAAUUCUUCUGUUCAUUGCCGAGGCUAGAUAAGAGAGAUCCUAACCGAAGGUUUUCUGCUCCUGUGGCUGUCAGAGCGGGACAAGAACAUGAGGACUCAGUCAAACAAAGAAGGUGGGCCAAACCCAUUUGUACACCAUACCCAAAGAUCAUUAUCACUCCAUGCCGCAGUUCAGAGUUCUUCAGAAGACGACCACUGAUCUCUAACCCCACCACUCCUGCCAUGUGCAGGCAGCCAAAGUUACUUCUACAGGACUGGCCAGCUUCUCCCAUGCAGCUCAGCCAGAGUAAGGAGAGCCGCCAAGACACAGCUUGCCAGACAGAAACUCCCAUGAAGGAGGACUUUCCUGUUGACCUUUUGGAUCGCUUCCUAAACAGCUGCCUCUAGAGAUGUCCUCCAACUAUACUGCUUAUGUUUUUAAAUGCACUUAAAUUCUCUUCCUCUAAUUUCAGUGUAUCCUUACCAUUAUAGUUUUAGGAAACUGAAAUGUUGGACUUGAACUCCUUAACUUUAGUAAGGACUUUGACAAACCUUUCAGUUGGAAUACUAGAAGUUAUUUAUUCUUCAUAGAAAAAGCUAAGAAGAAUUUAUAUGAUGACCCCAUAGAACAAUGUAUGCACAGAAGCGAUACAUCAUAAUUGCUUGACCAAGCCUGAUAUUGGGAGGAGCUGUGAAGAUUUAUCUGCCAUCAUGCCUGCUUUCAAGGUUUUUUAAAAAUGAUAGGGUUUGUUCCUCUUUCCCUUUGAUAUUUAAAUUUUAAGUUGGCAGUUUGCUCACCUAAUAUCUCUUUCAAAGCUUUAUCAUGUGUGUUCAUAAAAUUAGAUUAGAUCUCUUCU